GUGAAACGCUUUUGUGCUUCACGUUUCCCUGGAUGUGCCGUCGGGUAGCCAAGAAGCGAGAAACAAACGGGCGCAACCUGCCACCAAAGCUCUUUUGAUGAUUCGGGUCUGCUAAAUAUGCCGAAGCAAUCAACGGCUGUUCCCCCACUAUGCGGGGUCAACACACCCGAUCGCGGGAAUCGCGAAUGCAUUCGUUCCGCAGCGCUGGCGAGAGGCAGAAGGCAAACGGAGCUUUCAAAAGAAACGCUCUGGCUGGCUGGUCUGACCUCCUGAUCUAUCGCUUGGGUGCUUUUCCUAGCUAAUUCUAGACACUUUUUCUUUUUUUUUUUUAAAAAAAAAAAAAAAAAAAAGAAAAGGCCCGAAGUCCUUACUCCUCAGCAUAUUCGCCCCGCGACAUUGGAUCAUUACACUUCCAUUACUUCACUGGGCAAAAUGGUUGGCCGACUUGAAGGGAAAGUUGCUAUUGUGACUGGUGCGGGUUCCGGGUUUGGCGAAGCCAUCGCGCACGCCUUCGUUGACGAAGGCGCCCACGUCCUGGUCGCAGAUAUCGCGGUCGAGAACGGCCACCGUGUCGUGAAGGACAUCGAGGCCAAAUCCGGAGCCGCGCGAGGCAGUGCAGUUUUCGUGGACUUCAACUGCACAAGCCGCAAGGCGUGGGAAGAUGCUCUCGAGUUGGCAAAGCAGAAGUUCGGUAAACUGGACAUUGUCGUGAACAACGCUGGAACGACAUACCGGAAGAAGCCUAGCAUUGAGGUUACAGAGGAUGAGUUUGAUAAAAUUAUUGCCGUGAACGUGAAGAGCAUCUAUCACAGCGUCGCUGCCGUGGUCCCGUACUUUGUCGAGAGGAAGUCUGGUGUGUUUUUGAAUACAUCGUCGGUCGCAGGCACACGAGUAAGACCUGGCCAGGUAUUUUAUGGCGGCACAAAGGGCUUUUUGAAUACGGUCACACAAGGUCUCGCUGCAGAAUAUGGGCCCCAAGGUCUUCGAUUUAACUCCAUCUGCCCUCUUCGCGGAAAGACUGGAUUAUUAGAGAUGUUCUCUGGUGUCCCCGAUACGCCGGAAGAGCGCGAAAGAUUCGCACAAUCGGUGCCGCUGAGGCGGAUGUCGGAGCCGACGGAUGUUGCAAAUGCAGCUGUUUAUCUAGCAAGCGACGAGGCUUCAUUUAUCACGGGAGUUAAUUUACCUGUGGAUGGUGGAAGAUUGGCGGUUUAA